GAAGAUGGCGUCGUUGAAAGUGUUUGGUGGUAAUGGAACUGAGGAAGGUAAAUUUCGGUACCCAAAUGGUAUGGCAGUCAGUAACAAAGGCGAAAUUGCCGUUAUAGAUACGUGUAAUCACCGUGUCCAACUAUUCAAGUCUGAUGGCGAGUUUUUGAGUUCGUUUGGUGCCCAAGGAGUUACCGAUGCUUACAUGAAUUUCCCAUACUGUGCUACCUUCGAUACUGACGGAAAUAUCAUCGUCACUGACUCGGACAAUCACAGAGUGGUAGUGUUCUCAUCAGCCGGCGAACUAAUACGGGUUAUCGCUAGCGAAAACCUGAGAAAUCCCUGGGGUGUUUGUAUCGCAGGCGAUGGCAAUAUCGCGGUUUGUAGUGGCGGCGAAAAGGGAGAAGUUCAAGUAUACUCGCCAGAGGGUACACUACUAAAGCAGUUUAGCGAUCCAAAAACGAAUAAUCGUCCAUCCUACGUCACCUACAGUCACGAAAAGUACUUUGUGUCUUACAGUGACGAUCAGUGUGUGAAAGUGUUCGACAGUCAAGGAAAUUUCCUGUUUGACAUCGGCGAAUCUGGGUUUUGCGACGGGCAGUUCAACAGACCGCGUGGACUGGCAGUCGAUCAACAUGAUCAGUUGUUGGUAUGUGACGGAUGGAAUAAUCGGAUACAAGUUUUCAGUUUGGAUGGCUCGUUCCUCACGAAGUUUGGAAGUCGCGGCAAAGGAGCUGGACAGUUCAUUUUCCCUAUCGACCUAUCGAUCACCCCAGAUGGACAAAUUUUAGUCUGUGAAGUCAAAGGAGAGCGUGUUCAGGUUUUUCAAGGAUUAGAUAAUCACCAAUGUAAAGACCAAUAACUAGUAUUGUUGUAGUACCAUUCCUUGUUAAUUAUUUUGGGAGAGCUAUCGAUCGAUACUUAAAACCCUUUUUCUCCGUAAGCUAUACGUGUAUUGUCGAUGAAUUUCGUGUGAUUUAUACAGUAAGUUUCGACUUUGUCAUGGACAUUGCAACUUAGAAGUCACGCACCAUGGACUUGAACUCUUUACACCGUUUUGUUCGUGUUUUGAUAGUAUUUUAGAGCAAGCCUAGUGACAAGUAGUGUGUAGUAUUACUAUUACCUCUUUAUUAGUAAAUUGUUUAGGGCCAAAAUCCCUUUAGUCGAUAUCAUGAUACAGUAUAUUUCUGUACUAGACCCUCUGAAAGUCUUUAGUAAUUCAGUAACCCUCAUCAAAUGUUUGGAAACAGUUGCUUUUUGUAUUUAGAAAACAUAGAAGCCAUUUUCCUUUACUUGUUAAUGUUAUCAAACAUAACCACUCAAAGGAUAUAUUUAGGUAGGAACAAGACUGAUGCACUGUGACCUGUAAACCUUUUUGUAACUGCAUAUUUCUUUUAUUUUACUCCUUUUUCGGUGUUGUGGAUUCCUCUACUUGUUUUUUUCUUUUUUGAAUUCAGGAUGAUCCAAAGUAUUAAACAAACACAAAAGAGGGGAGAUAUUUUUUCCUUUUUGUUGUUGUUGUGAAUGUCUUGUUCGAUCAAAACAAUUUUUAAAUGACAUAGGAUGUAUUUCAAAAGCUAGAAGUAACAUCCCUUACUUGAUGUUUAACCGACAACAGAUACAGCCAUUUUAAUUAUUUGGCUCAUUUUUUUCACUACCUUUAUGGCAAAACAUCAGCCAAAAUGAUAUCUUAAUCCACUGGGAUUAUUUAUCAGGUAAACUGUCUUAAAAACAACAGGAUCCAGAGUGAGUGUAAACUGAUAAUGCAUCCUAUGUGCUGUACAGUGAGAAAUGAAAGUGAAACAUUAAGUGAAGGAAGGGAUCAAACAGAAGAAUACCUUUCUUUUGUGAUUGUAUAAAACCUCAGUGGUAACUUUCAAGUAGAGAUGGGCCAUUCCUUGGGGUACUAGUUUCAAUUGAUCUUUCAUACACUUGUUUUUGCUCAUCUUUUGCAAACACUUUAACAGUGAUAAUAAUCCUCAAGCAGAAUUGAAUUUAAGAGCCACGUGAUGGGCAACAAGUAAAAUAUGUUAUAGAAAAGAGUGAUAACAAUCUUAAGAUAAAUUUGUUAUUCUUUGAUUUUUAGCAAUGUGAUCUAAGUUUCAUAUUUAAUGAUACAUUUACUAGUACUUGUAUUUAAUAUCAUACUACUGGGAAUAUGUACAUAACUUUGAGAGCUCUUUCUCUAUUCAGGAUUGGUUGAGUUCUGUUUGUGAGCUUGGUCUGAUUUAUUUCCAUAUAGUUCCAUAGCCUGAUUUGUAAUCUUAAUUCAUUUCAAAUUUGUUUAUUGUAAUUACUGUGUGAUGCAUUUUGAAGGGCAGUUUCUCAACUAGCAUGAUGUGGGAGAAGAGUCCUCUAUAACUAGUGGCUUAAUCUAGGAGUAUCAGUUCAUCAUGCUGUAUGAUGUUGGGCUGAUAGUAGUCCUGAAAAGGACUGCUGUUAGCAACACUGACUGACAUUUCAAUAGCCUGUGUGGAAGUUACUGUCAGGGUUGAAUUAGGAGUUGUUAACACACUUUGCUACAACAAUAAAUACUGUACAGAUAUUCCAAAUGCCAGUAUGUGACUCUCACCAGCUCUCUCUAGGUUCUCCAGCUCCAGGUUCAUCUUACCACAUGAUUGGGAGUCAGCAGCAGUAAGGAAUAAGAAGCCCAGACCUUGACAUGUUCACUCAUAGUAGACAUGUUUUUCUGUUUACUGUUUUCUCUUUGUGCAAGAUUGUAAGGUUUAAGUAUCUGUUACUGCUUUACCUUAAGCUCAGGCAAAAUAAUUAAGAAUGUAUGCCACAGCAUUAAAUCAGCACAAUAAGCUUGUAUGAAAUAUUUUACUGUAAUAAAUCACAAGAAAUGAAUUAC